UAGAAUUUCCAGUGUGUCACUAACGUCCCUCUGUCUGCCCUCUAUUCAUUACUCAGCCUUCAGCUACAAUGUCCAAUUACAGUCUAAUAUCAUACAAAAGGACUGGAUCCGUGGAAAGGGCACCAACUUUAUCAAGUUCAGUUGUUAAAACAAGGUAUGCAGGCAGCGUGUAUGCUGGGGCUGGUGGAUAUGGCACUAAAAUAUCAACUAGUUCAGGAUAUGGCGGCAGCCUGGGCCUUGGCAGCAGCGGCAGUACCCUGCAGAUAUCCACAAACAGUGAUCUUCUGCUCACCGGUAAUGAGAAGGCCACCAUGCAAAACCUCAAUGACCGCCUGGCCUCCUACCUCGAUAGAGUGCGUUCCUUAGAACAAGCAAACUCACAGCUGGAAGUACAGAUCAAGGAGUGGUACACCAAGAACGCCGUAACCCCAGACAAAGAUUACAAUGCUUACUAUCAAGUCAUUGAAGAUCUGAAAGACAAGAUUCUAGCCUCAACUUUAGAUAAUGCCAGAAUUUUGUUGGAGAUAGACAAUUCCAAAUUGGCAGCAGAUGACUUCAGAUUGAAGUUUGAGAAUGAGCUGGCUCUCAGACUCAGUGUGGAAAAGGACAUCGGUGGACUUCGUAAAGUCAUUGACGACCUUAGCAUCACAAGAUCAGACAUUGAGAUCCAGAUUGAAUCCUUGCAGGAGGAGCUUGCCUUCCUGAAGAAGAACCAUGAAGAUGAAAUUAACGUUCUCCGCAAUCAAGUAGGAGGCACUGUUAAUGUAGAGGUGGAUGCUGCUCCUCCAGUUGAUUUGGCAAAGCUCUUGUCAGAUAUGCGUCUUCAGUGUGAAACGUUGGUGGAGAAAAAUCGUCAAGAAGCCAAGGAUCGAUUUGACGUGCAGGUACAAGAAGUAAGUGUGCAGAUCGACUCAAGUCAAAGUGAACUUCAAACAUACAGGACAACAAUUACAGAACUUCAACGUAGUAUCCAAGGGCUGGAGAUUGAGUUGCAAGCUGAGUUAAGUAAGAAAAAUGCUUUGAGUGCCACCUUGGACAAUGUUAAUGCACAAUAUGCUGCCCAGUUAUCCAAUAUACAAACAACGAUCACCAAUUUUGAGAGCCAACUGGUACAAAUCAGAAGUGACAUCGGACGUCAGACCCAAGAAUAUGAACUCCUCCUGAACAUAAAGCUCCGUCUGGAAAUGGAAAUUGCCACCUACCGUCGUCUACUCGAGGGAGAAGAUGAAAAUUGGCAGCUUGACUUAGAAGAAAAGCUGAGAGAACAAAACAGAAGUCGCAAAAUUAAGACAAUUGUAGAAGAGGUGGUUGACGGUAAAGUUGUCUCAUCUGAAAUCAAAGAAGUGGAAGAGCAUCUACCAAGUGUCCUUGUGCCUCACAAAUAAGGACAAUAUUUGCGUGGCAAAAAAAAAUAUUUUCUUAUAGCUGUUAUGGCAAAACUUUAUGAAUAAAAAUUAGCA